AUGAAGCUGCCAAGACCCACUUCGCAUAUCUUAAAGCGAACCGUGGAGGGUCAAGCUCCCAUCAACUCGGUCAAAGCGCAGCACGCGCAACUCAUCAAACUCCGACUCCAACCAGACCCACACGCAAUGUCCGACGUUAUCAAAUGGUACGCUCUGUCUCCGUCUCAUUUCGACAAAGCCCGUCUCGCCUUCAGCCAAAUCGAGUUCCCGACGAGGCCAGUUUUCAAUCACUUGAUCCGGGGGUUGGCGCUCUAUCAACCUAUGGAUGCGAUUGAAAUGUUCGUCAACAAAAUGUAUCGCCAGGGAAUUGUUGGGGAUACUCUGACGAUGAUCUUCCGGUUCAAGUCGUGCGGUCGUGUUGGGGAUGUCUUGCUUGGUCAAUUGUUUCAUACCCAUUGUUUGAAACUUGGGUGUGAUUCGGAUUUGUCUGUGUCAAAUGUUUUGAUACAUAUGUAUGGCUCUUUGGGGGAUUGCGUGCCUGCACGUAAGGUGUUCGAUGGAAUGGGGCAGAGAGACUUGGUUUCUUGGAACUCUUUGAUCUGUGCUUAUGCCGAAUGCAAAAGGUUUAAGGAGGUUUUGGGUAUAUUUUAUUUGAUACAGGGAGCCAAUGUGAAGGCUGAUGCUGUGACAAUGGUCAAAGCCAUAUUGGCUUGUCUUCACUUAGAGGAUCAGCAUACAGCAGAUUUAAUGGUCAAGUACAUUGAAGACAACCAAGUAGAGAUUGAUGCUUAUUUAGGCAAUGCUCUGAUUGGUAUGUAUGGCCAGCGUGGCUCAGUGGAUUUAGCUCGUGGAGUUUUUGACAGGAUGCAAGCGAGGAAUACAGUAUCUUGGAAUGCAAUGAUUAGGGCCUAUGUAAAGUCAGGGAACUUGGUUGCUGCUAGGAAAAUUUUCGAGGAUACCCCUAGAAGAGAUGUCAUAUCAUGGACUUCGAUGAUUACAGGGUAUUGUAAAGCUAACCAAUUUUCUGAUGCAGUCAAAACUUUCCAAGAUAUGAUGGGAGCUAAUAUAAAACCUGAUGAGAUCACAGUAGCUAGUGUACUCUCUGCCUGUGCUCACUUGGGCUCUGCUGAUGUUGGGCAGGCAAUUCAUGACUAUGUUCGUCAACACGGCAUAAAAGAAGAUGUCUUUGUAGGUAAUGCCUUAGUAGAUAUGUACUGCAAGUGUGGUGCAGUUGAGAAAGCACUUGAUGUGUUUAAUAGAAUGAAACACAAGGACGGUGUUUCGUGGACAUCUAUCAUUUCUGGGCUAGCUGUCAAUGGUCUUUCUGAUGAUGCAAUUAACAUCUUCUCCAGAAUGCUUAGAGAAGGUAUACAUCCAACUCACGGUACCUUCAUUGGAAUUUUAAUCGCUUGCAAACACUCCGGACAGGUAGAUAAAGGAUUGGAAUAUCUUGAAACCAUGGAGAAGGUCUACGGUCUAAAGCCAGAGAUGAAACAUUAUGGAUGUAUUGUGGAUCUCUUGAGCCGCUCAGGUGCAUGUAUGCUCCAUAGUAAUUUAGGGUUAGCUGAGAUUGUCACGAAGAAGCUCCUCGAGUUGGAUCCUUUCAACAGUGGGAAUUACGUUUUCUUAUCGAACGCUUAUGCAAGUUCAGACAGGUGGGAAGAUGCUGACCAAGUGAGGAAAUUAAUGGGGGAAAGAACUGUGGGGAAGCCUUCUGGUUGGAGCUCCAUUGAAGGGAAUGAUGGAGAUGGGUCUGGUCAUUCUCAUCAUACGGACACUGUAGAUUCUUCUCACUGUUUGUGGGAAGUAAUAUUAGAGCUCGCCAUCUUCCACGUCACCGGCAGCUAUCAAGAUGGUUCGAUCGAUUUGGCCUCGCUUGCGCAGCCACAGCACAAGGCAGGACCAUCCAGCUUUGUUGAAAUUGCUGUGAGAUUGGAGGAAAGCCAUAAUCUUUUGGUCCUGAGGAUUGGGAGGGGCAACUGUAACAUUGGUUGGCGAAUGGACGGGUCCAUUUUCUCUUGCAGUGAUUGUUCUUCCACUGUCACAGCUCACAGCGUUUGCUCCACUGACGGCAUUGCUGCAGAUGAGCCGCCCAAUGGCCACCAUGAUACCAGCUCUUCUGGCGGUUUUGGAGGAGGCAGGCGCAAGUAA